AUGUUUUCUUUCUCUCGGACACCGCCGGAGGCUGUUUUAACGGCAAAGAUCUUACCGGAGCUCAGGAAAACGGCACCAUCGGAAUUGCUUCCUCACCCAAAACCCAAAUUCGCUAAAGGAAUUUACACAAACGAUCCUAAAAGUCUAGGUCUAAAAGGGGAAGAUCCAAACCCUAAGUUUCAAAAGCGACGAAAUCAGCAAACUAAACACACGGAAAUGAUUUAUAUGAUGAUUGUGAAGAUGAAACUGUUGCGAAAACGAAGGAUACGCGAAGAGGAUGAACAAAAUCGAAGCUCAACCUUGAAGGUUUUGCUCAGUGUUAAUGUGCAGGUUGGAGCAUCAAAAGGAUUACAUGGUCUGAUAUUUGAUAUCACAAUAACAUAUUGGUCUAAGUUCUUUGUAACAAGCAUGAUUGCACAGCAGGCCUGGUCUCCUUGUACCAGUGGGUCCGGAACAUUGGUUAAUGUGGCAGAUUACUUGACUAUGAUUGUAUUUCAUGAUGUAAAUGAUGAGAAUUUUUGA